CGGCAAGUUAUUUUUCACACCAUCAUCCUACCGCUGCUCAUAUACACUCAUAUAUACCAUAGUAUAUACGAAGUAUAUACUUAAUUCAUGUAAUUUAGUGUAUAUUAUAUAUACCUAUGCUGAGGUAAGCAUAUAUACUAAAACCAAAACUAAAAACAUCACAAACUUAGUCACAAGAAUAGGAGAGAAGGAAUACGUAGUUGCUCAGAGGCAAGAAGGUCACCGGAGGGUCGAAAAAGAUUGCCGGAGUUUGCCGGACUGGUUUUUCACGGCAGAAAUGCUGCCAAAUCGCCACACCACCUUCGGAGUUGACAUCGCUAGAGCAGCUACAGAGCUGGACUCUCCUUGGUCUGGUUAGAACGACGCUCCUUCUUCCUUCCGUGAGAACGUCGCACCUACAGUGAUUAUCUAGAGGCCGCAAUAGAGGAAGAGGAAUAGAAACAUUGAAUUUGAGGUAAGUUUCUCUGCCGAUCCAAAAUCGUUUCCUCGUAUUAUAUAUGUAUUAUGUGAUACAUGAUUUUAAUGUGAGUUAUGAUGUAUAUGUAUGAGAUUUUGAGAUUGUUGGAUCUGUGAUAUUUGAGAAGUGAAACUAAAUGCUUUUGGGUAUUAAAUAUUUUAUUUAAACAUUUUGAGGCAGUUUGAGAAAUUGAGGAAUAUUUUGAAGUAUAUUAAUUCAAGAUAAAAGAAUGAUUUCAUAAGAGGUAGGCAUCUCGGGAGUAAUCCGAGGUGUUGGUUUUCCACGUCCCUUAAAAUGUGGAGAGUGGUUAGGGCUACUACUAAGAAGAGAUUUUUGAGUAACUUUCGGAUCGAUGAUCCCUUUUAAGAAGGAGAGUUGUGGUAGCAGUAGUAGUUCCGACGUAAAAGGGCUGCUACUGUUAAGGGUGAGGAUAAGUUCUGAGUGAUAAUUGGAUCGAUGAUCCCUUUUAAGAAGCAGAGUUGUAGUAGUAGUCCCUAAUCAUUCAAAGAUAUCUUAUUCAGGGGUAGUUGGUAGACUGAGUCCCGAUUACUCGUGACGACUUACUACUCGGAGGGCUUGGAAUCCCUUUUAGGGGGUGUGCACACUUAAGGUAGUCGUUUCGUUUCCGCAAGAGCAGUUGUGGUACCGGCACUUGUUCGGGGUGGCCGUCCGUAACCACGGUCCACCGGGCUCAGUCAAAAGGUUGAGCACCGCCCUUCUAAAUUACUAGGAAGAUAGAGAAGAAGUGAAUUUUGAGAAAAUCUAAGAGAAGAGUUACUAUAGUAUUUUCAAAGAAAAGUUGAGGACUUUAUUAAAGAAGUGAUUUUGAGAAAUAUCAAAGAGAAAAGGAUUUUGGUGGAGUGUGUCAUUUUUAUAUAGUAUUUUAUGAAAAACUAUUUUUAGCCAAACCUGAUUAUUUUACGGGGUUGGGUAGUACUUACUUAGCUCUAAAGCUAAUUUUUGUUCCCUUUUCUUUGUUUUGUUUUCUGCACUUUAUUAUUUGUGCAGGUGAUGAUGCUUAUGUGGACUGAUGAUUGUAUGACCACGAGAGCGGUUUAGAGAUGCCUUAGUCAAACCUAGUCAAGAAUUAUAAUUCAAUUAUGUUGAACACUUGUUUUACUCUAUUUUGUUUUGGAAUAGCCUGUGCAUUCGGUUAAGAGAUGACCGGAUGUGGCGGUAACACCCAUUUCCCAAUUAAAGACUUCCGCUGUAAUUCUGAUAUUUUCAAAUGAAAUUGAUAACUCCUUU